AUGGAAAGCAACGCGGAUCUCCAACCUGAAAAUCAGAUGCCUCCGAGUACAAGUGGCGUAUUUCUGAAACGAGAGGAUGAUAACUUCUCUGAUAGUCCACAGUCAAAAGAAGAACCUGAAGACGGCACGGAGCCUUCUGAAGAGUGUUCAGUUUGUCGAAAUGAAAUGAUCGACACGACUGUGCUCAGCGACUGCGUGCACGAGUUCUGCUAUGAUUGCAUCAUAGGAUGGCUAACGAAAGGGACUGGACCAUUCUGUCCAAUGUGCAAAACUCCUGUCAAAUUUAUCAAAAAAAAGGGAACAGAUGAAGAGAUUAGUCUACAGCAAAUUCAAUCUGAAAAGGAGCCAGAAGCAACAGCAUCAGAAGAUCUUGCUACUGAAAGAAGAAUCGUUUCGAGAAAAAUUCGCAGUUGUCGAAGACUUAUGAAUCAAAUCGACGACGUUAUUGGCUCGUCGUCGAGACUAGAUCCAGCCAAAAGACAAGAUAGAAACGAGGAGCUGAAUGUAAUGAAGCAGCUUUGCGUUUCUCAACUCAACUCUCUUCAAGUGCUUCGCGACGAUAUAAAUCAUGGAGCUGCGAAAGCGUUGAUCGUGUCAAGACCAGAAUUUCGAAAACUGAUUUACGAACGACAGGUUCAAGCGAUGGGAUUGAUAGAAUCGAAUCGUCCAGUAUCAAGAAAAGAGUUUCUUGCCAAUAUCGAGCAUUAUCGAGCUGUCUUGAAUACCUUCUUCUCAGUGGAGUUGAAAUCGAUGCCUGCUAAAUUGCAGCCUAAAGUAGGCCAAAGUAGUUGGUACUUCCAUAGUCUGCAUGAUGUGAUCGAUGGGAAUGACGAGGUGUACAUCAACAAAUUAUUCAGUAUGGUGUCGGAUCGGGGCGUUAAUGAGUUGACUGCGAAGGAUGUUGAUGCAGCGCUGAACGGUCUUGUCACCUUGCGUGUAUCUUCGUUGUUCAUUUCGGAACUGAAAUCAUUGGUGAAUAGUAAGAAGACAUUCUUAGACUGGUGCGGAGCUGUCCUCUAUAGAAACAAAGCGGAUCGAGUGGGAGAAGGAAACGCUGAUGCAGAAAUUGUAACAGUCGAUGAUUCAAAUGAUGUGGAAGAAGAGCCAGCUGAAGAACGAUAUGACGGAUUGCGACCACGACGGCCUAUUGUAUACAAUCCAUUCGACAGUGUUUUCGGCCAACCGACUCACUCAAAUCGAACUUUCACGAAUUACCGACGCCCGUCAUCAUCAGACACCGAUCAAGAUGAAGACAUCUACUUUCAGGCGCCACUACGUUUGGGUCCAACGAGCAGCAAUCCAUUCAGACCGGCACCUCAUCCAUUUUUCCCUCCUAUUCCACCAAAUGGGAUUUCAUGGUCGGAAUUAACACAAAUCAACAAGAAUCCAGACAAAUCACAUCGAUCAAAAUCAGGCGAGGUUCAAAUUGUCGAUUUGGAGGACGAGGAGGAUGAGCAGAACGAGCCUGAUCCAUUUGGAGACGUUCAAGUUGUUGAGAAUGACGACACAAUUGUGAUCUCGGACUCUCCGAAUAUACAGAAACCUCAAGAACGGAAAAGGAAACACGAUACGCCUAUGGACAGGUAUUCUAAAAGGAACAGAAUGGAGGAUCAAGAAGAGGAAGAUGAGGAUUUGCCAGAUGGACUUGUAGACGAUAUUCAGAACUUGAUAACCAAAUACAACCUGCCGAUCACUCAAGCAAUGACCAUGUUGCAUAAAGCUACAGAGAAAGCUAUCAAAGGAAUCACUCAGCCUGUGAAGGACUCUUCCCGGAAUUCAAAAGAGCCUUCAACGUCAUCUAACAUUCAACCGAAUGACGCUAUGCAAUUGGCAGGAUAUUUGGCUCGACGAGGCCUCGGUCCAUGGUCCAAGCAAGCUCCUACAAAACCAACGAACGGUGGCAGGUGGAAUUAA